GAAAAAAAAACAACUUAAAAUAAGGGAGAUAAUAGAUGUCAUAGACAAAACCACAAAUGUCAGAAAAGACGACUAGAUGAGUAGAUCUAGAAUAAUCUAGAUCUAGAACUAAAUCUAACAUCAGCCUAUGAUCAAGGGGUAGAUCUAGAUCAUAACAUCUAUAUAGAUCUAAUAUUAUAAUAUAACAACACAAUACAUGUUGGUUUCAAAUAAACUUUUUGGAAAACAUAUUUAAAGCUGUCUCAGUAUUAUGGAAUCUCAGAACAAACCAAAUGAUCCUUCAGUGUCAACUGAGACUUCAAAGCAGUCACUAACAAAAGAUCAUGCACAUUCUAAUGCAAAUUCAUCAACAGCCAAAAAUACAGUAACAAAAUCUCCAGCCACAGGUUGGGCUAGCAUGCCUUCAACUCCUGUAUUCCGUGCUGUUAAUUUUGAACUCUAUGUAAAACCAAAUACAGUCACCAUGAUUUGUGGUGUGUUGGCGUUCAGCACUUGUGUUGGUUAUAUUGCCUACAUGAAUUUAAAAGAUGAUUCGAAAAAAGAGACUUAUGUGACUUUAGAUCUUGAUGGUAAAACAACAGUUCGACCUAAAACUUCCAGAUGGGAUUAAUGAUGUUAUUUUUAGGGUUGGUUCAGAUUGGGAAAAGGGAGAUUAAAAAAGAUUAAAGGGCUUUUUGUUUUUUUAUGUA